AUGUCUGAACAAAAUAAAGACGAAAAAAAGGAUGAAAAUUGGUUUACUCAAUUUAAUCAAAUUGGUACUCAAAUCGGCAAUGCGAUCAAGUCGUUUGUGCCUGAUAAAAUUCUUCGUGAUAAACAAGUUUUAUCCGCUUUCGAUCAUCUGGAUGAACUU